UGCAUCUCCCGCAGGCCGCCCUUCUCCGGCUUGGCCGGGACCAGCCUCUGGACCCCGGGCUCCUAGCCCGCGAGCACCAGGAGCUGUCCGCGGUGCUGACCGCAGGCGCUUCCCGCGCUCGGCCGAUGCGCACGCGUCCCGGGAGGGGCGCGCGGGACCCGCCGGCGCCGCCACUGCGCAGCCUCCCGCGGGCUCCCCGCCCGGCGCAGCCUCCCGCGGCCUCCCCGCCGCCGCUCUCGCCCGGGCCGGCCAUGGCGCUCAACAAUUUCCUUUUCGCGCAGUGCGCCUGCUACUUCUUGGCCUUCCUGUUCAGCUUCGUGGUGGUGGUCCCGCUGUCCGAGAACGGCCACGACUUCCGCGGCCGCUGCCUGCUCUUCACCGAGGGCAUGUGGCUGAGCGCCAACCUCACGGUGCAGGAGCGCGAGCGCUUCACGGUGCAGGAGUGGGGCCCACCGGCCGCCUGCCGCUUCAGCCUGCUCGCCAGCCUCCUGUCUCUGCUGCUGGCCGCCGCGCACGCCUGGCGCACGCUCUUCUUCCUCUGCAAGGGACACGAGGGCUCCUUCUUCUCCGCCUUCCUGAACCUCCUGGUCAGCGCCUUCGUGGUCUUCCUGGUCUUCAUUGCCAGCACCAUCGUGAGUGUGGGCUUCACCAUGUGGUGCGACACCAUCACCGAGAAGGGCACCGUAGCCCACAGCUGUGAAGAGCUUCAGGACAUCGACUUGGAGCUGGGUGUGGACAACUCCGCCUUCUACGAUCAGUUUGCUAUUGCCCAGUUUGGCCUCUGGGCCUCAUGGCUGGCCUGGCUGGCCAUCACCACGCUGGCCUUCCUGAAGGUGUACCACAACUACCGUCAGGAGGACCUGCUGGACAGCCUGAUCCACGAGAAGGAGCUGCUGCUGGCCCGGCCGUCCCCACGCACCUCCUUCCAAGAGGAGAAGAGCGCCGUCAUUUAGGCACCGCGCGGGCAGGGGAGCUGGCCCCUGACCUCCCGGCUGCGCUUGGGGGCAUGGGCCUGCCUGGGGAAGCAGCUGGGGGGCUCUGCCUGGGCCCUGGCCACAUGCAGCCCUGCGUGUGUCCCCUCGAGCGUAGUGAGCCCUGACCCACUGAACAGGGGACUCUUUCCAGCCCGGAGAGCUCCUUGUCUGUGUCCCCAGCAGAAGGUAGGGUGGCUCCUGCCUCACCCUCUACCCAGCCCUGAUCCAGGCCAGAGCCAUCUAGGGCCCCAGAAGGAGGGGCAGGAGGCAGGGGUGGUUCUGGAACCUGAGGGUUGGCUCCGGUUGGGUCUGUCCUCGGGGCUGCACUGCUGGAUCCCAGGAGCUGGAACAGCCCCACAGCCAGGGUGACGGAAAUGCUUGGCUGCAUGCAGACACAGACCCACCCCGGACUGGGCUGUCCCCAGAGCCCAGACACAUCACCCUGGGAAGGGGCAGCUGGGCCUGAAUUUUGCUGGGCAGGGGCUGGGCGCCCUGGUUGUGGGUUCUCCAGGGUCCCUUAGGGGGCUGGGCCUCUCCCCAGGAAGGAAGGUGGGAAGUACAGGCAUGACCCGGGGUUCCUGAGGCGGGUCCGCCAAGUUGCUUCUGAGAUGCCUUUGCUUCUCUCCUGGCUGUCUGAUAAUGGAUAUCUCUGUUCUAAUUCCACUCUGGCUAAACUGAAAGUGAAGACCCUUAAGCUUACAUGUGUCUACCCUCAGAGUCAGAAUAAAAACAAAAGCGCCUGAGUCUCCAGCAGG